GAGCAGUCCUUGGCGAUGCUGAGCGCCCUCCGCAGACAACGCUUGCUUUCGACAGACUCAAUGGAGGGGAGCGAGCGAGGAACCGGUGAUUCGUUGGGCAAUUUAAAGAUGGGUACUGGAAAUCUACCAUAUAAUUUCUGUUUUCAGCCCCAAAGUUUUUGUAUAUUGGUUACUUUCUAUGUUCUUGAUUUUCAGGUGUAUAAACAUUCAAAUAAUAAGACAAUGACAAGUGGAGCAAUAGCAGCAAUGCUUUCCACCAUUCUGUACUCUCAAAGGUUUUUUCCUUACUAUGUUUACAAUAUCAUCGAUGGCCUUGAUGAAGAAGGGAAGGGUGAGGUUUACAGCUUUGAUCCUGUGGUAUGCUAUCAGCGAGAUGCUUACAAAGCUGGCGGCUCGGCCAGUGCCAUGCUGCAGCCGCUUCUAGACAACCAGAUUGGUUUCAAGAACAUGGAGUCGGUAGAACAUCUUCCCCUCACGCUAGAAAAAGCAACACAGCUAAUUAAAGAUGUUUUCAUCUCUGCAGCUGAGAGAGACGUUUAUACUGGUGACUGUCUAAAGAUCUGCUUCACAAAAGACGGAAUCAGAGAGAAGUCGCUGCCUCUUCGGAAGGAUUAACACCAACAAAGAAUA